AUGUUAGUUUUCCGUAUAGCGCAGUGGUUUGGUCGCAUUAUCAUCUCAUCUUGCCUAAUAAUCUCGAUUGCUUCCUAUGCUAAGAUUUUCCUCGCUCUUCGCCGUCAUCAGGCUCAAAUACAAGAUCAUGUUCAACAACAGCCGGGCCAACCAAAUGCACUGAACAUGGCGCAAUACAGAAAGGCAGUGUACAGUGCACUGUUGGUGCAGUUAGUAUUACUUGCUUGUUACGUACCAGUUAGUGUAGUGGCAAUUGUGAUGAUUCACAGACAAGGAAAUUUAUCACAUUUAGUCGUCGCCCUGGGAAUAUCAGGCACCUUAGCUAACUUGAACUCGACGUUAAACCCGUUCCUAUACUGCUGGAAGAUUAGUGAAGUGAGACAAGUAGUGAAGCAGACAAUCAGACAAGCACUUUGCUGUCCGUGGACUUAGAUCCCUCAUGAGUGGCAAUCGUGGCAUAACUUUCAAAACUGACUUACAAAGUCACGGUUAUUAUUAGAGAAUCAAUUAAAUCAUUGCUGAAGCUGUUGUUGAUAUUUUUUACUUCUAUAUCAUGAAAGAAAGUAAAUCGAAACUCUGUAACCACACUCUGUAGCCGCACUUAUCCUUACACUUUUACGACAACUUUUAGAUUUUAUUUCAUCGUCUUGUCUUUCUAAUUAAUAUUUUGUCUUGUCUUUCUUAAUAAUAUUUCUUAAUAAUAUUUCUCAGUAAUAUUUCAUAUGUUAGUAUGAGGUAAAAUUUUAAGGAUUAAUUAUAGAGAGCUGAUGGGUGUGUUUCUCUUGACGGUAAAACAAUGUCAAUUUUUUGUUUUUUUCUGAAUAAAUGCGCAUGUCAUUGACGCCCUGUAAAUUAAUACUGUAUGUUUAACGCCACAACAUGAAUACACAUUUAAUCUAUUUCCCAGAUAGACUAAUAUCUAUAUGUAAAAAGUGUAGAUGCGAAUGUCAACUGCAAAUAAAUCAUUGAUACAAAUAUCUAAGUACAAAUAUAACAACAACAACAAUAACGACAAGGAACAUGAAAUAGAAAUAAAAUUACAAUUUGUGGCGUAACCAGGUCCGGUAGUAAAACUCUUGAACAAAAGCAACACGGCGCUAGUAAAAACUAACGAAACGACUGACUUUGUUGAAACCAACUGGCAAUAAGAAUUAUCUAACGAAAACAACGCUUGUGCUGGCGAGAAAUAAAUCGCUAUCGGCGUUACGUAAUUCAUACACAACCUCACUAAAAUAGAAACAGAACAUCACAAUAGUGAUUCAAGUGAAAGAAAAACAAUAUAAAAUAAUUUCGCAGUUACUUGACAGCAAAUGCAAAUUCUAUAGUUGCCACACGCCCUCUUGCCGCACGGGUCGGUUACAAAGCCUUUUAUGAAAUCGAAUUUGUUUUUUUAUUAGAAAAUGUCCAUAAUGCUUGUAAAUUUGAGAUGUUAAUAAUUUACUUGUGAACCAUUCGAAAAUGUGUUUAAAGAAGAACAUUGACGAUAGACAUCUAUCAGAAACUCUCGUUUUUCCAAAAUUGAACGUAACACUCCAUCCUCUUCGCGUAGCUGUAAAUGAAUUUUCACUUGAGAAGACAAAGUUUCAAAUAGUCUUUCAAAUAUGUUGUGAAAUGAUAAAACUACCAUAGAUGUCUAUACUUUUGAUUCUUGAUGCUAAUUUGUAUAGGGUAUCACAUGAUUUCGAGUGCAAUUUGGAAUAAAUAGGCACGAGUAAAUUUUCUUAAAGACUAACAAAGCAAUUUGUGGUCUUUGAAAAAAUCAAUGAGUGCUUGUUUAUUCCAAAUUGCACGAGAAAAAUUAUGUGAUUUCGUGUUAAUAAUAUACAUGGAAAGACAUACGACAGCUGCGGUGGCGAAAGAAAACCUACUUAAAACGCCGGCCACUGUUUGGCUCGCAAAUUUUCAAAUUUUCAAAUUUUGUUCCGACAUCCAAGGUUCGCAUUCGAUUGGCUAUCUGUGGGUUUCUUCGAUUAUUGACCAAUCAGAAUAUCUGAUUUAGUACUUUCUUUGCACUGAAUUAACCCUCUUCUGCACUGAAUUAACUAUCUUCUGCACUGAAUUACCUGAAAACUGCAUUUAUCUUAAUCAGUCAGAACUGAGUAAUUUUUCCAUGUAUAUUAUUAAUUCCCAAAUUGAACUUUACCAAUUAGACACUCACAUAGUUUUGGUGCACAAUAGACUCCCGAAUGAAAUGUCACAAAACAUGUUUGGUUGGUCUUGUUCCUUACCUCUCUAUGCGGCCACUCAUUGGAUGUCCUUUGUUCACGAACACUGCAGCCUUUGUCGAUGAAGGCAGCGGACGCAGUCUAUAUGACAAGCUAUGCAUUGUGUGGAGUGUCUUUGAUGACAAUGGCCAUAAGCGUGGACAGACCUCUCGCCCGGUUAUUGGGCGGAGAUGCGAACAAAUUCUAACUUUGAAUUGAUCGUAUAUCUUUGUAGCUACCAUUUGGGAUUAUUCAGUGUCGCUGCUUUAUGUUACUUAAUACAAACAUAAAUACAUACAUAGCUUAUUGGCUCGUCCACACAGAGCUUUUCAGAGUCAAUGCUACAUCACAAAUUAAAAAAAGAAAAAGUAAUACCUGACCUCACAAGUUCAAGGGAAAAAACCAUAUUUACUUUUCUUUGACAUGAAAGACGUAUCCUGAUGAAAUGUAAAUAAGAAAGGCUGGUAGAGAAGUUUUAUUUGGAAAUUAUCAAAGAAGUCGUUAAUGUCUCUGUGAUAGUCGCUCCGCGAAUUUUGUUCAGACAAAAUAUUUCUUGUUGCAAUCAAAGAUAAACUUUAAGAAAAAGUAAACAAGUGAAAGAAUAAUGUUGAUAUCAAACUUCACACGAAGUGGAACACAGACGAAAACAUUUGAAGAACUGCUAUGUUCUUCCUCUUUGACGGGUGGGCUUCAAAAAGCAUCACUUUCUUUCGCAGCACUCAACAUUCUCCUCGCCAUCACAGCAUUUGUUGGGAAUUCACUCAUCCUUAUUGUCCUACACAAGGACUCUUCCCUCCAUCCGACGUCCAAACUCUUGUAUCGUUGUCUGGCAACAACUGAUCUGUUGGUUGGUCUCGUUAGCCAGCCUCUCGCUGCUUCCAGCUGGAUGUUUAUUGCUCACGAACACUGGAUUCCUUGUCGAUGGGCAAUUACCGCUACCUAUAUCAUAAGCUACGCACUAUGUGGAAUGUCUUUGUUGACAAUGACGGCCAUAAGCGUGGACAGACUUCUCGCCCUGUUAUUGGGGCUGAGAUACAGACAAAUUGUCACUUUGAAGCGCACAUAUAUCGUUGUAGUUACCUUUUGGGUUCUAUCCAGUGUCGCUGCUUUAUGUUACACGUUAGAUUACCGCAUAUCCAUUUGGUAUGGUAUUACAGUUAUACCCUUAUGUCACGUUAUCUCAAUUGUGUCGUACACAAAAAUUUUUUGCGCUCUUGGUCAUCAUCAUACACAAAUACAAGAUCAUGUUCAACAACAGCCGAGCCAGUCACAUGCAGUGAAUACCACACAAUACAAAAAGGCAGUGUACAAUGCACUGUGGGUUCAGUUGGCAUUAGUUGCUUGUUAUUUGCCGUAUGGUUUAGUGCAAAUUGUGAUCAGACAAAGCAAAACUUAUUCAUCACACCUAGUCAUCAUGAGGGGUGCAGCAAACAUAUUAGCUUUCUUUAACUCAACGUUAAAUCCGUUCCUUUACUGCUGGAAAAUCAGUGAAGUGAGACGAGCAGUAAAGCAAACGAUCAGACAAGCAUUUAGCUUUCCAUAAAGUGAGAUCCUCCCCAAAUUAUGCUCGUAUUAAUACAUUCCAAGCAUAAUCAUUCAGUCAUGAUUAUUACUUUAGAACUACACUCAGAUAUGUGAAUGGAUAGGCAAAAAUAGGAAGCACAAUAAAAUUGUUGCCCAAGGCUUCUUUGAAGUCUGCUUUUUCGCACGAAGAGAACUGAAGGAAAGGAAAUGGAAAACCCAACCUUAUUAUACUCUAUCAUGAAUACAACAAGUCUCAAUCGAAGGAAAAAUCUGCAUGCACCGCAGGGUUGAUCUUUCAGUUUUGAGAUGCCAAGGCAAAUGCACAAAGUUGAUGGUAACACUUAAUCAUAACCUUAUCAGCGAAAGUUUUUUCUGAGUUAGGAUGGAUCGUUUCUAGAUGACAGUAAAGAUUUACUAGUCCUUGCCUCUUACUGCUAAUACUACCAACGAAGAAAUUGUGGAUGUAAGAUUUUAUAAAGGACACGCUGGUUAAAGCGUGUUUUUUUUCUGGUGCGAUGUAAAUGAUGGAGAAAAAAUAAUGGGAAGUUUCUAGAAUAGGAAUGAAAUAAGAGUAUUGAUUUGUAAAACUAAUUUUGCCUAUCUUAAAAAAUUCGAUCACGGUAUUUACGGGUUUUAAAUUUUUUUUCUAACAAUUUACCCCGAGUGAGGUUUUGCUCGGUCAUACUGGAAAAUAAAAAUGUUGCAGAUGUCUUUCAACGUUUUCCUCUUAAUGCAAAUGCAAACCUAAAUUCAAAUUUUUCUUUUUUAUUUUUUAUUGUAUAUUUUUAAUUAUUUACUUUUUUGUGUGUGUGUAUUUAUAGAUUGCCACUAUUUUAACCUUCUCCUCAAACGAUUUACGUCUUGGCUUGAUUUUUUUCAUUUUCAGUUUUCCAAGGGUGGAAAAGACUCAACACCUAUAAAUAUUUAAGAGGAAAUGGGUUUUAGCAUAAAAUAAGCAUUUUGUAUAUGUCUCUUUGCUUGUCACUUACAACAAAAUCGUACCUAAGGCAAACAAUGUCGAAAAAUUUGAAGACAUAUCUUUUUGUUUGUUCCGAAUUGACGCGACAUACAUGUAGUUUGCCCACGCAUUGUAAACAGUUAACGCCACUGAGGAAGUCUUUUUGAGAUAAGAAUAGGAUAGAGGGGUUUCAGUGAUAGUAGCAGAAACAGGCAUUCAAAAUAUGUUCCGGCUAAAGUGAAGGUUAAGUGGCUUUCGGUGUCACUGGAAAAGGCCAAAACAAAUGUCAGCCUUCUAAGGGUCUUCGUCUUCAGAGUUAUUCAUUUUUUCUUGUGUAUUUUUGGAAAGGGAAGAAUUGAAAACAAUUGCCAGUUUUGAGAAACGAUACACCAGCUAGAUCCACUGAGAACAUUUUUUAACACUUUAACGACACGAUUAACAGCUGUAUAAACAUUGUUGGAAUAGUAAAUGGUACUGAGAGUUCGUUAUGUCAAUCUUUUUAGGUAAGUAAAGCUUAGCAAGCUUAGCUGAUAAGACAAACAUGUCUAGCUCAAUUAAAGCCGGGAAAAGUAGACCACUGUUGAUUAGACUGCGUUGCAAAAUGAAGACGAAAACAAAUAUAACACGAAGGGGAACAUAACAAACAUUUGAAGAAAUGGUCUUUUCCCAAUAUUUGUUCGAUGGAUUACAACAGCAAUCAAUAUAUUUGUGAGCAGUCAACAUUCUCCUCUCCAUCACCGCAUUUCUUUUCCUUUUACUUAAAAUUGUCUCCUUACUUAAUAAUGUGUAUAUAAGGCACAGCCAUGAUCGCUAAAAAAAAUGUCAUAUCGCUUAAAGUGAGGGAUUUCGUGGCUGCAUUUCUAAGGAGUAAGCGCUAAUGACAAGGAUGAUUUAAAUCACUAAAGCAGGGCAACAUCACUUACAUCUCAGAAGAAAACUUGACAUGUCUUGUGACCGAGCAGGCAAUUCGUAAGAGUGUUAUAAAAUAAGAGAACGCUUGUGAGGAAGAUUUUUAAGUAGAUGUUGCUAAGAAGGUGGAUUACUCUUGGUCGGGCAGGUAUUGUGGAAAAAAUAAAAAAUCUCUCGUGAAUAAAGUCAAAUUAGCCUACAGGAAACGACCCUUUUUCAUUGAACUGCCUAAUGAUGUAGAAUAUUUUGUAGCGUUAAUAGUGUCUCUCAUCAAAAAGAAAUGCGAUUAUCUUCCCUUAAGUUUCAUACAUGAUAAAAACCCUUUCAGAAAAUGGUAGGUAUUAAUUUUUUUUUUUUUUUUUUAGUACCCGAUUAUUUGCCUGAGUAAUUUGUUUUUUCAAGGAGUAGAAAAAAGACACGUUAAAUUGUUUUCGCAAAGAAACGAAUUAUAUGCAUUUUCUUUACAUUCUACCCCUCUGACACAGUGCGCUUACUGAGAAGCCUGGGAAAGAGUUUCUUCAUCCAAUACUGAAAUGAUGAUAGCAAUAGCACAAAUGUCUACGUGUGUCCUUCAUUCUAAUUCAGCCUAAGAUAUCUUCAGUAGUUAGAUCGAACAAAUAAGCUUAGCAAACACGUGACCUUUAGUCAAGUAAAAAAGCCUCUUGUUUUUUCUGUGUAAAAGGAGAUGAUUUGCUGAUGUGCUACCAAGGAAGUCAUUUCUUGUGAAUGUUAACACGAAAGAAAGUUGUUUGCCAAUCAUUUACUGCCGGGGCAUAAGUGAAACGACACAAGCAAUAAAACAAACAAUCAGCUAAGCACUUGAAGGACACACGUAGAUCGUACUUAGGACACACUUAGGUCGCUCUUGUGUAGCAAUCGUGGUAUAACUUUCAAAACUGACUUACGGUUGAGUCACAGUUAUUAUUAGAGAAUCGAUUAAAUCAUUGCUGAAGCACAUCCUCUUCGCUUAGCUGUAGAUGAAUUUUACCAGAGAAGACAAAGUUUCUAAUAGUCUUUCAUAUAUGUUGUGAAAUGAUGGCUCGUCUCCACAGGGCUUUUCAGAGUCGAUGUAAUGUUUCAUUACAAAAUUAAAAAAAAGAAAAAUAAUACCUGAUCACCUCACAAGUUCAAAGAAAAAUCAACAUUUACUUUUCUUUGACAUAAAAGAUUAUAUCCUGAUGUACUUUAAUUAAGACAGGCUGGUAGAGAAGUUUUAUUUGAAAUUAUCAAAGAAGUCACUAAGGUCUCAGUGAUCGUCGCUCCGCGGAUGUUGUUCAGACAAAAUAUUUCUUGCUGCAAUCAAAGAUAAACUGUAAGAAGAAAGAAACGAGUGACAGAAUAAUGUUGAUAUCAAAUUUCACAAGAAGUGGAACACAGAUGAAAAAAUUUGAAGAACUCCUAUGUUCUUCCUCUUUGGUGGGUGGGCUUCAAAAAGCAUCACUUUCUUUCGCAGCAGUUAACAUUCUCCUCUCCAUCACAGCAUUUGUUGGAAAUUCACUCAUCCUUAUUGCCCUUCACAAGGAAUCUUCCCUCCAUCCGCCGUCCAAACUCUUGUAUCGUUGUCUAGCAAUAACUGAUCUGUUGGUUGGUCUCGUUAGCCAGCCUCUCGCUGCUUCUGGCUGGAUGUUUAUUACUCACAAACACUGGAUUCCUUGUCGAUACGUUAGUACCGCGGCCGUUAUCACAAGCCACGUAUUAAGUGGAGUGUCUUUGUUGACAAUGACGGCCAUAAGCGUGGACAGACUUCUCGCCCUCUCAUUGGGGCUGAGGUACAGAUAUAUUGUAACUUUUAAGCGUGCAUCUAUUGUUGUAGUUACCUUUUGGGUUCAAUCCAGUGUCGCUGCUUUAUGUUACGCGUUAGAUUACCGCAUAUACAUUUGGUAUGGUAUCACAGUUAUACCAUUAUCUUACGUUAUCUCAAUUGUGUCUUACACAAAAAUUUUUUGCGCUCUAAAUCAUCAUCAUACACAAAUACAAGAUCAUGUUCAACAACAGCCGAGCCAACCAAAUGCAGUGAAUACCGCGCAAUACAAAAAGGCGGUGUACAAUGCACUGUGGGUUCAGUUGGCAUUAAUUGUUUGUUAUUUCCCGUAUUAUUAUAGUUUAGUGGAAAUUGCAAUUAGACAGAGCAAAAUUUAUUCAUCGCACCUAGUCAUCAGAGCGGGUGUAACAUCUACAGUAAUUUACUUUAACUCAACGUUAAAUCCGUUUCUGUACUGCUGGAAAAUAAGUGAAGUGAGACAAGCAGUAAAGCAAACGAUCAGACAAGCAUUUAGCUGUCCAUAAAGUAAGAUCUACCCCGAAUUAUGCUCGUAUUAAUACAUUCUAAGAAUAGUUAUUCAGUCACGAUCAUUACUUUAGAACUCUAUUCAGAUACGUGAAUGGAUAGGUAAAAAAUAAGCAGAAAAAUAAAGUUGUUGCCCAAGGUUUGUACGAAGUCUGCUUUUUCGCACGUAGAAAACUGAAGGAAAGGAAAUGGAAAAACCAACCCUAUCAGACUCUAUCAUAAAUACAACAAGUCUUAAUCGAAGGAAAAAUAUGCAUGCGCCGCAGGGUUGAACCUUCAAUUUUGAGUUUGCUAAGGCAAAUGCACAGAGUUGAUAGUAACACUUACGCAUUACCUUAUCAGCGAAAGUUUUUCUGAGAUAAGAUGGAUCGUUUCUGGCUGAUAGUAGAGAUUUACUUGUCCUCACCUCCUAUUGCUAAUUACUACCAACGAAGAAAUUGGGAGAUGUGAUAUUUUAUAGGGGACACGCUGGUUUAAAGCGUGUUUUUUUGUUACCUGUCAUUUUCUGUUUUGUAACAUCUAAUUCUGGUUCGAUGGAAAUCAUGGAGAAAAAAUACUGGGAAGUUUCUCGAAUAGGAAUGAAAUAAGAGUAUUGAUUUGAAAAACUCAUUUUGCCUUAAAAAUUCGAUCACGGUAUUUACGGGUUUUGAAUUUUUUCUAACAAUUUACCCCGGUUUUGCUUGGUCAUAUUGCAAAAUAAUAACGUUGCAGAUGUGUAUCAACGUUUUCCUCCAAAUGCAAAUGCAAACCUUAAUUUAAAUUUUUUAUUUUUUAUUGUAUAUUUCUAUUUAUUUACAUACUUUUCCUUUGUAUUUAUAGAUUGCCACCGUUUUAACCUUCUCCUCGAACGAUUUACGUCUUGGAUUGAUCUUUUUAUUUUCAGUUUUCCAAGGGUGGAAAUGCCCUAAGAUGUAUAAAGAUCGCACAAACAUAAUAAACGUUUUAUUUUAAGACACAGAGGAAAGGGAUUUUUUUGUAGUGCUCAAAAUUAGCAUUUGAAAGUCUCUUUGCUUCUCACUUACAGCAAAUUCAUACCUAAGGCACAUAAUGCCGAAAAGGCAAAUCUUUUUGUUUGUUCCGAAUUUACGCGACAUACAUCUAGUUUACCCGCGCAUUGUAAACGGCAAACGCCACUGAGGAAGUCUUUUUGAGAUAAGAAUAGGAAAGAGGGGUUUAAAUGAUAGUAAACAGGAACAGGCAUUCAAAAUAUGGACCACUGUUCAUUAGACUGCGUUGCAAAAUGAAGACGAAAACAAAUAUAACACGAAGUGGAACGCAGCAAACAUUUGAAGAAAUGGUCUGUUCCCAAUAUUUGUUCGGUGGAUUACAACCGCUAUCAAUAUAUUUGUGAGCAGUCAACAUUCGCUUCUCCAUCACAGAAUCUCUUUUCCUUUUACUUUCAAAUUUUCUCCUUUUUUUAAUAACGUGAAUAUAAGGCACGGCCAUGAUCGUUAAUUGUCAUAUCUGUCAUUCAAGAUGAUAUCCUGAUGUAGUUUAAUUAAGACAGGCUGGAAGAGAAGUUUUAUUUGAAAAUUAUCAAAGAAGCCACUAAGGUCUCAGUGAUCGUCGCUCAUGUUGUUCAGACAAAAUAUUUCUUACUGCAAUCAAAGAUAAACUGUAAGAAAAAGGAAACAUGUGACAGAAUAAUGUCGACAACAAAUUUCAGUACAGGUGGAACACAGACGAUAACAUUUGAAGAACUGCUAUGUUCUCACUCUUUGGUGGGUGGGCUUCAACAAGAAUCACUUUCUUUCGCAGCACUCAACAUUCUCCUCUCCAUCACAGCAUUUGUUGGCAAUUCUCUCAUCCUUGUUGCCCUUCACAAAGACUCUUCCCUUCAUCCGCCGUCCAAACUCUUCUAUCGUUGUCUGGCAACAACUGAUCUGUUGGUUGGUCUUGUAAGCCAGCCCCUCGCUGCUUCAAGCUGGAUGUUUAGUACUCACGAACACUGGAUUCCUUGUCGAUACGCAAGUACCGCGACCUUUAUUACAAGCCAUGUAUUAUGUGGAGUGUCUUUGUUGACAAUGACGGCCAUAAGCGUGGACAGACUUCUCGCCCUGUUAUUGGGGCUGAGAUACAGACAAAUUAUAACUUUGAAGUGUACGUAUGUCGUUGUCGUUAUCUUCUGGGUUCAAUCCAGUGUCGCUGCUUUAUGUUACGCGUUAGGUUACCGUAUAGCCAAUUGGUAUGGCCUUACAGUUGUACCAUUGUGCUACUUUAUCUCAAUUGUUUCGUACACGAAAAUCUUUUGCACUCUAAGUCAUCAUCAAGUACAAAUACGAGAUCAUGUUCAACCAAGUGCAAUGAAUACCACACAAUACAAAAAGGCAGUGUACAAUGCAUUGUGGGUUCGGUUGGCAUUAGUUGUUUGUUAUUUGCCGUAUGGUUUCGUGGAAACUAUGAUAAGACAGAGCAAAACUUAUUCAUCGCAUCUAGUCAUCAUAGGGGGUGUGGCGGGCACAUCAACUUUAUUUAACUCAACGUUAAAUCCGUUUCUGUACUGCUGGAAAAUAAGUGAAGUGAGACAAGCAGUAAAGCAAACGAUCAGAGAUGCAUUUAGCUGCCAAUAAGAAUAGUCAUUCAGUCACGAUUAUUACUUUAUUCAGAUAUGUGAAUAGAUGAGAGAUAAAUAGCACAGUAAAUUGUUGCCCAAGGCUUCUACGAAGUCUGCUUUUCGCACGAAGACGACUGAAGGAAAGGAAAUGGAAAAAUCAACCUUAUCACAUUCUAUCAUGAAUACAACAAGUCUUGUGUCCUGAAUGAAAGAUAUGCAUGCACCGCAAGGUUCACCUUUAAAUUUUGAGUUUGUCGAAGCAAAUGCACAGAGUUGAUAGCAAAACUUAAGAAUUACCUUAUUAGCGAAAGUUUCUCUGAGUUAACUUCGUUUCCAUCUGAGAUGGAUCGUUUCUAGCUGAUAGUAAAGAAUUACUUGUCCUUGCCUCUUAUUGCUAAUUGCUACCAACGAAGAAAUUGUGAGAUGUAAAAUUCUUAUAAAGGACACGCUGGUUUAAAGCGUCUUUUUUUAUUACCGGUCAUUUUCUUUUUUAUCACAUCUAAUUCUGGUUCGAUGGAUAUCAUGGAGAAAAAGUACUGGUUAGUUUCUCGAAUAGGAAUGAAAUAGGAGUAUUGAUUUGAAAAAACUCAUUUUUCCUUCAAAAUUCGAUCACAGUAUCUACGGUUUUUGAAUUUCUUUCUAACAAUUUACCCCUAGUGAGGUUUUGCUUAGUCAUAUUGCAAAAUAAUCUUGCAGAUGUCUUUCAACGUUUUCCUUCAAAUGCAAAUGCAGACCUAAAUUUAAGUUUUUAUUUCGGUGUCACUGGAAAAGGCCAAAAGAAAUGUUAGCCUUCAAGGGGUCUUCGUCUCCAGAGUUAUUAAUUUCUUCUUGUGUAUUGUUGGUAGAAAGGGAAGAAUUGUAAACACUUGCCACUUUUUAAAACAAUCGUUUUCCCUUUUGGUUUGACUGAUUGAGAAACGAUACAUCAGCUAAAUCCAUUAAGAAUAUUUUUUGACACUUCCACGACAUGAUUAACAGCUGUACAAACAUUGUUGGAAUAGUAAAUGUUGCUGGGAGUUCGUUAUGUCAAUCUAUUUAGGUAAGUAAAGCUUAGCAGGUGCUGAUAAGGCAGAAAUUUCUUGCUGCAAUUAAAGCCGGGAAAAGUGGACCACUGUUCAUUAGACUGCGUUGCAAAAUGAAGACGAAAACAAAUAGAACACGAGGUGGAACGCAGCAAACAUUUGAAGAAAUGGUCUUUUCCCAAUAUUUGUUCAGUGGAUUACAACCACAAUCAAUAUAUUUGUAAGCAGUCAACAUUCUCCUCUCCAUCACGGCAUUUCUUUUUCUUUUUACUUGCAAAUUGUCUCCUUACUUAAUAAUGUGUAUCUAAGGAACAGCCAUGAUCGCUAAAAAAAAAUUGUCAUAUUUGUCCCCUAAAAGGGAUUUCGUGGCUGCAUUUUUUAAAGAGUAAACGCUAAUGACAAGGAUGAUUUAAUUCACCAAAGCCGGGAAACAUCACGUACACCUCAGAAGAAAACUUGACAUGUCUUGUCACAGAGCAGGCAGUUCGUAAGAGCGUUAUAAAAUAAGAGAACGCCUUUGAGAAAUACUUUUAAGGAGAUCUUGUUAAGAAGGUGAAUUACUCUUGGCCGAGUAGGUAUUGUGGAAACAAUAAAAAAUCUCUCGUAACAUAAAAUCAAAUUAACCUGCAAGAAAUGACCCUUUUUCAUUGAACUGCCUGAUGAUGGAGAAUAUUUUGUAGCGUUAACAAUGUCUCUUGUCAAAAAGAAAUGCGAUUUUCUUCUCUAAAAUUUCAUACAUAGAAGCUUUUUUAGAAAAUGGUAAGUAUCGAUUCCUUUUUUAAUAUCCCAUCAUUUGCCUAAGAAAUUUGUUUUUUCAAGGAGUAGAAAAAAGAAACGGUAAAAUGUUUUCGCAAAGAAACGAAUUUUAUGUAUUCUCUUUACAUUCUACCCCUCUGAGAUAGUGCUCUUACGAAGAAGCCCGGGAAAGAGUUUCUUCAUCCAAUACUGAAAUGAUGAUAGAAAUGGCACAUAUGUCUACGUAUGUCCUUGAUUCUUAUUCAGCCUAAGAUAUCUUCAGUAGCUACAUUAAACAAAUGCGCUUAGCAAACACGUGACCUUUUGUCAAGUAAAAAAUCCUCCCGUUUUUUCUGUGAUAAAGGAGAUGUUUUGAUGAUGAGCUACCAAGGAAGUCAUUUCAUGUGAAUGUUAACACGAAAGAAAGUUGUUUCCCAAUCGUUUACUGCCGGGAGAUAAGUGGAACGACACAAGCAAUAAAACAAGCAAUCAGCUAAGCACUUUGCUGUCCAUGAAUUAAAAUGGAGGACACACGUAGAUCAUACUAAGGACAUACGUAGAUCCCUCUUGUGUGGCAAUCGUGGCAUAACUUUCAAAACUGACUUACGGUUGAGUCACGGUUAUUAUUAGAGAAUCAAUUAAAUCAUUGCUGAGGCCGUUGUUGAUAUUCUUUACUUCCAUAUCAUGAAAGAAAGUAAAUCGAAACUCUGUAACCACACUCUGUAGCGGCACUUAUCCUUACACUUUUGCGACAACGCAUAAUCGAAACGACCUUAUUUUAUUCUUGUUUUUCAUCGUAAUAUGUAAGUAUUGGCUAAAACUUUAAGGAGUAAUGACGGUUGAACUGUUGAAAGUAUCUGUUUCUUGAUGGUAGAGUGGUAGAAUAAUAUCAAGUCUUUGUUUUUCUAAAAAACUUGCACAAAUCAUUAAUUACGCCCUAUUGCCGUGUGAUUCGGUUACAAGGCCUGCUGUACAAACGAAUUUGUUUUGUUAUGAGAAAGUGUCCAUAAUACUCAUGAAUUUAGAUAUUUAUGCUACUUGCAAACGAUUCGAAAGUCUGUGUAAAGAAAAAAAUUGACAAAAGACAUCUAUCAAAAGCUCUCUUUCUUCCAAAAUUGAGAGUAACACCCCAUCCUCUUCGUUUAGCUGUAAAUGAAUUUUUACCUGAAAAGACAAAGUUUCUAAUAGUCUUUCAAAUAUGUUGUGAAAAAAUAAUACUGUGUUGUGAAAUGAUGGCUCGUCCCCGCGGGGCUUUUCAGAGUAUAAUUUUUUAUUACAAAAUUUAAAAAAAAAAGGUAAUACCUGAUCACCUCCACGGCUUCAAGGAAAAAACAUUUACUUUUCUUUGACAUAAAAGACAUAUCCUGAUGCAAUGUAAAUAAGACAGGCUUGUAGAGAAGUUUUAUUUGAAAUUAUCAAAGAAGUCAUUAAGGUCUCAGUGAUCGUUGCUCCGCGAAUGUUGUUCAGACAAAAUAUUUCUUGCUGCAAUCAAAGAUAAACUGUAAGAAAAAGGAAACAACUGACAGAAUAAUGUCGACAACAAAUUUUAGUACAGGUAGAACACAGACGAAAACAUUUGAAGAACUCCUAUGUUCUCCCUCUUUGAUGAGUAGACUUCAACAAGAAUCACUUUCUUUCGCAGCACUCAACAUUCUCCUCUCCAUCAUAGCGUUUGCUGGAAAUUCUCUCAUCCUUAUUGCCCUUCACAAGGAAUCUUCCCUUCAUCCGCCGUCCAAACUCUUCUAUUGUUGUCUGGCAACAACUGAUCUGUUGGUUGGCCUCAUUAGCCAGCCUCUCGCUGUUUCAAGCUGGAUAUUUAGUGCUCACGAACACUGGAUUCCUUGUCGAUACGCAAGUACCGCGACCUUAAUCGUAAGCCACGUAUUAUGUGGAGUGUCUUUGUUGACAAUGACCGCCAUAAGCGUGGACAGACUUCUCGCCCUGUUAUUGAGGCUGAGAUACAGACAUAUUGUAACUUUGAAGCGCACAUAUAUCGUUGUCGUUACCUUUUGGGUUCUAUCCAGUGUCGCUGCUUUCUGUUACACGUUAGAUCAUCGUAUAACCACUUGGUAUGGUCGUACAGUUGUACCACUAUGCUACGUUAUCUCAAUUGUGUCGUACACAAAAAUUUUUUGCGCUCUAAGUCAUCAUCAUGCACAAAUACGAGAUCGUGUUCAACAGCCGAGCCAACCAAAUGUAUUGAAUACCACAAAAUACAAAAAGGCAGUGUACAAUGCACUGUGGGUUCAGUUGGCAUUAGUUGUUUGUUAUUUGCCGUAUGGUUUAGUGCAAAUUCUGAUCAGACAAAGCAAAACUUAUUCAUGGCACCUAGUCAUCAUGAGGGAUGUAGCAGGCACAUCAACUUUCUUAAACUCAACGUUAAAUCCGUUUCUGUACUGCUGGAAAAUAAGUGAAGUGAGACAAGCAGUAAAGCAAACGAUCAGACAAGGAUUUGGCUGUCCAUAAAGUUAGAUGCUACAAUAAUGCUCGUAUUAAUACAUUCUAAGCAUAGUUAUUCAGUCACGAUUAUUACUUUAUUCAGAUAUGUGAAUAGAUGAGAGAUAAAUAGCAAACUAAAUUGUUGCCCAAGGCUUCUACGAAGUCUGCUUUUUCGCACGAAGACGACUGAAGGGAAGGAAAUGGAAAAACCAACCUUAUCACAUUCUAUCAUGAAUACAACAAGUCUUAAUUGAAUGAAAGAUAUACAUGUACCGCAGGGUUCCACUUUAGAUUUUGAGUCUGCCGAAGCAAAUGCACAGAGUUGAUAGCAACACUCAAGCAUUACCUUAUCAGCGAAAGUUUCUCUGAGUUGACUUCGUUUCCAUCUGAGAUGGAUCGUUUCUAGCUGAUAGCAAAGAUUUAAUUGUCCUUGCCUCUUAUUGCUAAUUACUACCAACGAAGAAAUUGUGAGGUGUAAGAUUUUAUAAAGGACACGCUGGUUUAAAGCGCGUUUUUUCAUUACCUGUCAUUUCUUUUUUGUCGCAUCUGCUUCUGGUUCGAUUAAAAUCAUAGAGAAAAAAUACUGGGGAAGUUUCUCGAAUAGGAAUGAAAUAGGAGUAUUGAUUUGAAAAAACUUAUUUUGCCUUCCAAAUUCGAUCACGGUAUUUACGGUUUUUGAGAAAGAAAGGGUUUUUAGCAGCGCUAUAAAAUAAGCAUUUUGUAGAUGUCUCUUUGCUUGUCACUUACAGCAAAAUCAUACCUAAGGCAAAUAAGGUCGAAAAAUUUAAAGACACGUCCUUUUGUUUGUUUCGAAUUUACGCGACAUACAUGUAGUUUGCCCACGCAUUGUAAACGGUAAUCGCCAUUGAGGAAGUCUUUUUGAGAUAAGAAUAGAAAGAAGGUUUUAAGUGAUAGUGAACAGGAACAGGCAUUCAAAAUUUCUUCCGGCUAAAAAGGAACGCUAAGUAGCUUUCGGCGUCACUGGAAAACGCCUGAAGAAACAUCAGCCUUCUAGGGGUAUUCCUCUUCAGUUAUUUAUUUUUUCUUGUGUAUUUUGACAGCUAGAUUCCCUGAGAGCAUUUUUUGACACUUUAACGACAUGAUUAACAGCUGUACAAACAUUGUUGGAAUAGUAAAUGCUGCUGGGAGUUCGUUAUGUCAAUCUUUUUAGGUAAGUAAAGCUCAGCAGGUGAUGACAAGACAAACAUAUCUUGCUGCAAUUAAAGCCGAGAAAAGUGGACCACUGUUCAUUAGACUGCGUCGCAAAAUGAAGACAACAACAAUUAUAAAACGAAGUGGAUUGCAGAAAACCGUUUGAACUGGUCUGUUCCCCAAAUUCGCAAUCAAUAUAUUUGUCAACAGUCAACAUUUUCCUCUCCAUCACAGCAAUUCUUGGGAAUUCUCCAAUCCUUGUUGCCCUUCAUAGGGAAUCUUCCCUUCAUCCAUCAUCCAAACUCUUGUAUCGUUGUAUCUGUUGCCCUGCUGUGGGGGCUGAGAUACAAAGAGAUUGUAACUUUGAAGCGCAUUUAUAUCCUUGAAGCUACCGUUUGGAUUGAUGUCUUGACGCCUCUUUAACCACAAUUUUUGAUCAGCGUAUAACCGCUUUUUAUGGCGCGGGCUGGACAUUGAUACCACUUUCAUUGCUCAUUUCACUCGCCUCGUUCACAAAGAUUUUUCGCACUCUCAGACAUCUUCAGGCACAAGUACAAGAUCGUAUUCAACAACAGCUGAGCCAACCGCAUGCACUGAACAUGGCGCGAUACGGAAAAGCAGUGCACAGUGGGUACAGUCAGUUUUAGUUGUUUGUUAUACACCACACUAUAUUGUGGAAAUCGAAGUCACUUAUAGUAAAACAUAUUCAUCACACUUAGUCGUCACACGCGCAAUGGUAAAUAUCUUAGUUUACUUUAACUCGACGUUAAACCCAUUUUUUUUACUGCUGGAAGUUUAGUGAAGUGAGACAAGCAAUGAAGCAGACAAUCAGACAAGCACUUUGGUGUCCAUGGAGUUAGACCAUCGUCGAGUUAUACAUGAUCGUAUAAGUACUUUUAGUGCAAAGCUGACCGAACGCUUGUCAAUUAAACUUUUCCUCCAGGUCUGUCGAUAUUACUUUUUGCUAGUCACGUAAUUCAAAUAAAUGGAUGGCAAUAGAGACACCAACCAAAGCUUUUAAAAAAUAUUUUUCAUGCUACCAAACUUUAUUUUGAAUGCAUCAAUUAUUAAUCCAGGGAAAGAUAUACGUGCACAAGAGAAUAUAUAAUCUUCUAUAAUCUCUUGACUUAAAUUAUACUCCAUGAAUGUUAUUAUAAGAAAGCGAAAGAAAUAAAAUUGACCAUCACAGUUUUAUUAAAGACUGGGUGGGAUGCGGUUUCAGAGGGUUGCUGCUCCAGUGCUGAUCGAUCGUUCAUUGACAUUUAAAUAUUUUCACGGAUUACCUUGAAUAUUCUGAAUUAAUUGAUGAUAUAUUUUGCAAUGUACAAGUUAACGAGCUUUAAAUGAUGUAUAUUGAGUCAAUAAAACUCUAAAUUUGUUCAGUUUCUCCUUAAAUGAUGGCUCUACCUCCUCUAUAACAAUGUGUUAAAUAUUUUCAUAGCUUGUUUGUAGUUUUUAAUAUCCAUUCCUUCACUUUCCUUCUUGAUCAGUGGAUUAUCAUUUUUACUUUAGUGAUAUAACUCUGGUUAUCAGAGGAGAAUGGCGAGUCGCUUAGGGGGAUUACGACAUGAAGAAGUUCAGACACCUGCUGUAUGCAUGAAAGCUUGCUUGGUAUCAAACUGAUUUUUCCCCUCUUUUCGCGACAAGACGUUAGCAGAGAAAAAUUUUAUAACAGAGGUAUGCCAGGCUAACUUUGGCUCAUAAAUUUUCAAGGACAGUUUUCUUAAAAAAACUUUUUGGCGAAAGGAAGAGAGCAAAUAGAGAAUGUAAAAGAAACAGCAAAAAAAUUGUUUAAACACGUAGUUUCUUGCUUUUCUUUUGUUUCAUUAUUCGUCUUGUGGGAGACGAAACGGAGGUAAAAGAGCCACAAAAUGUUACUAAUUAGACUAUUAAAUUCAAAUUUUUAAAAUAAGUUUAAAUUAAAUUUUUAGUUUAGUUUUUUUUAAAGCAUCCAUUCCUUAUUUUCCUUCUCAAUCAAUAGAUUAUCAUAUUCACUUUAACAAAGCCAUAUAAUCCUGGUUAGCGGAGGAGAAUGGCGAGUCGCUCAGGGGAAUUAUGACAUGAAGAAAUUCAGACACCUACCACAUUUCUCGGACAAGACGUUGGCAGAGAAAAAUUUCAUAACAAAGGCUAAUUUUGGCUCAUGAUUUUUCCAAGACAAAAAGUUUGUCAAGGAUUGACAUCCUUAGCCUAAAUCUUCCUUAUUUUCAGCUUGCUGAGGCUGAUAAUGAUUCAAGGGUCAACCUUGCACAAAUGAUAUGGACAUUUGAUUGACACCCUAUCGAUGAAACUAGGUCGUAUAAACAUCGGCCUAAGAUGGUUCCAGGUUCCCAUUUUUGGCACUGCGGCACGGCGUUCCUUCGCCCUCGAGUCGUGUUACUAAAAGUCUCAAACUUACUCAAGCGCCGAAGUAACUCGUAUUGAAGCCUUAAUAGUGAGUUUCUUCUCGCAGGUUAAGUUACCGUGCGUAAAUAAGAUGGCGUGAGCAUUAUUUGUUCAUUGUCGCUCUGUUCUAAAAGAAUUUGCUCAUGCUUUUAGCUGUGUGUAUAUCGAGUUAUGGAUGCACUUGGGAAGUUUGAAGAGCACUCAAAAAGCUAGAGUUGCUCUCGGCUGCGUCUCGAGCUACUCUUAUGUCUUUUUUGUGCUCUCCAAACUUCCCGGGCGCAUCCAUAACUCGAUAUACGCACGCUAAGCAUGAACAAAUUCUAAAUUAAAGAUGUCUUUCAAUAUUUGCCUCUUAUUCCUAUUUUAUACGUGAUGUACAAGACAAGCUAGGCACAAAAAAGGCUUUUUUGACACAGCAAACAAUUUUCUGACGUAUUUCAAACGUGUAAACUGUAGUCAGGAAGUUUUUAUUUGAGAUGUUAUGUAGAAAAUGGGGUUUUAUUAGUCGUCGUUGUGCAAUUGGUGUUUAAACGAAAUAUUUCUCUAGUCGCUAUCACAAAUUACGUCAUGACAAGAAUGUUGUCAACUUCUGAAAUAUUUAAUAUAUCCAGUUUAAUGCUGGUCUAUUUUUAAGUUGUCUUCAAGUUUUAUUGAUCCUAUGUCUACCAACUCCGAGUGCUAAACUGUUCCUAACUUUCACUCCUUUUUCCUUGAACUCAUAUUUCCCGAAGCUUUUUGGAAUUCAGAAUUUACCACAAUACGGCGGAUAAUGUUUGCACUUAAUUACAUUUUAAAUAAUUAAACGCUAGUGAGGAAGUCUUAAUGUGUUUAUCGAAGGAAGGUUUCAUUUAUCAUCGUUCGGUGAGUCCUGUUUGGACAAAAUAUUUUUCGUUGCAAGAACAGAGGAAACGAAUGCAGAAUUAUGUCGACAACAAAUUUCAAUAGAGGUGGAACACAGACGAAAACAACUGAAGAACUGCUAUGCUCCCCCUCUUUGGUGGGUGGGCUUCAAUCAGCAUCAGUUACUUUCGCAGCAGUUGACAUUCUCCUCUCCAUCACAACAUUUCUUGGGAAUUCUCUUAUCCUUGUUGCCCUUAACAAAGAAUCUUCCCUUCACCCACCGUCCAAACUCUUUUAUCGUUGUCUGGCAACAACUGACCUGUUGGUUGGUCUUGUUGCUCAGCCUCUCCGUGUUACUUAUUGGAUGUCGGUGGUUCACGAACAUUGGAGUCUUUGUCGUUACGCAGGGGAUGCAGCCUACAUCACAGGCUCAGUAUUAUGUGGAGUUUCUUUGCUGACGAUGGCAGCAAUAAGCGUGGACAGACUUAUCGCCCUGUUGUCGGGGCUGAGAUACAAAGAGAUUGUAACUUUGAAGCACAUUUAUAUCAUUAUAGCUAGCUUUUGGGUUUUAUGUCUUGUCGCCUCUUUAUGCACCAUUUUCGAUCAGCGAAUAACCGCUUUGUAUGCCUUGAUAUUGGUACCACUUUCGCUGCUUAUUUCACUCGCCUCGUGCACAAAGAUUUUACGCACUCUCAGACAUCAUCAGGCACAAGUACAAAAUCAUAUUCAACAACAGCCGAGCCAACCAAAUGUUCUAAACAUGGCACGAUACAGAAAGGCAGUACACAGUGCACUGUGGGUAGAGUUAGCAUUAGUUGUUUGCUAUACACCAUGCUUUAUAGUGGGAGUUGUAGUCACUAAUAGUACAACAUACUCAUCACACUUAUUCGUCACAUUGCAAAUGACAACCAUCUUAGUUUACUUUAACUCGACGUUAAACCCGUUUCUUUACUGCUGGAAGAUUAGUGAAGUGAGAAAAGGAAUGAAGCUGACAAUCAGACAAGCACUUUGCUGUCCAUGGAGUUAG